UGCAUCGCAACAGCUAGCUAGCACGGCGCCCUCCGCUCCAGCCAUCUAGCUAGCCUCGCUUGCCUUCCCGCUCACGCACGCCAUGGCGUCCUCCGAGCGCCACCACUCCAUCGACGCGCAGGUCCGGCUCCUGGCCCCCGGCAAGGUCUCCGAGGAUGACAAGCUCGUCGAGUACGACGUCCUCCUCAUGGACCGCUUCCUCGACAUCCUCCAGGACCUCCACGGCCCCGGCAUCCGUGAAUUCGUCCAGGACUGCUACGAGCUGUCGGCGGAGUACGAGGGCGACCGCAACGCCGCGCGCCUGAAAGACCUCGGGUCCAGGCUCGCCAGCCUGGCCCCCGCCGACGCCAUCCUCGUCGCGGGCUCCAUCCAGCACAUGCUCAACCUCGCCAACCUCGCCGAGGAGGUGCAGAUCGCGCACCGCCGCCGGAACAAGCUCAAGAGCGGGGACUUCGCCGACGAGGGCUCCGCCACCACCGAGUCCAACAUCGAGGAGACGAUCAAGCGCCUCGUCGACCUCGGAAAGUCCAAGGAGGAGGUGUUCGAGGCGCUCAAGAACCAGACCGUCGACCUCGUCCUCACCGCGCACCCAACGCAGUCCGUCCGGAGGUCGCUCCUCCAGAAGCACGCCAGGAUCCGGAAUUGCCUCACGCAGCUGAAUGCCAAGGACAUCACGGACGACGAAAAGAAGGAGCUCGACGAGGAUCUUCACAGGGCGAUCCAAGCAGCCUUCAGAACAGAUGAGAUUCGGAGAGCACAGCCGACCCCGCAGGAUGAGAUGCGUUACGGGAUGAGCUACAUCCACGAGACCAUAUGGAAGGGUGUUCCAAAGUUUCUGCGUCGUGUGGACACAGCUCUGAAGAACAUCGGGAUCGACGAGCGCCUCCCCUACAAUGUUCCCCUCAUCCAGUUUUGUUCUUGGAUGGGUGGCGACCGUGAUGGAAAUCCAAGGGUUACGCCGGAGGUGACAAGGGAUGUAUGCUUGCUGGCACGAAUGAUGGCUGCAAACUUGUACUUCACCGGGCUAGAAAAUCUCAUGUUUGAGCUCUCUAUGUGGCGCUGCAAUGACGAACUCCGCGCUCGGGCGCAAGAAAUACACAGUGCUCCAAAGAAAGCUGCCAAGCACUACAUAGAGUUCUGGAAGCAAAUCCCUCUCAACGAGCCGUAUCGCGUGGUGCUUGGUAACGUGAGGGACAAACUGUACAACACACGCGAGCGUGCGCGCCAGCUGCUGACUAAUGAAAUUUCUGACAUUCCGGAGGAAUCGGCCUUCAGCAAUGUUCAAGAGUUCCUGGAGCCCCUUGAGCUGUGCUACAAAUCACUGUGCGAGUGCGGCGACAAGACCAUCGCCGACGGGAGCCUGCUGGACUUCCUCCGCCAGGUCUCCACGUUCGGGCUCUCCCUCGUGAAGCUGGACAUCCGGCAGGAGUCGGAGCGGCACACCGACGUGAUCGACGCCAUCACCACGCACAUCGGCAUCGGCUCCUACCGCUCCUGGCCCGAGGAGAAGCGCCAGGAGUGGCUGCUAUCCGAGCUGCGCGGCAAGCGCCCGCUGCUCGCCCCGGACAUGCCCCAGACCGAGGAGAUCGCCGACGUGCUCGGCUGUUUCCGCGUCCUCGCCGAGCUGCCCCGCGACAGCUUCGGCCCCUACAUCAUCUCCAUGGCCACGGCGCCGUCGGACGUCCUCGCCGUCGAGCUCCUGCAGCGGGAGUGCCACGUGCGCGACCCGCUGCCCGUGGUGCCGCUCUUCGAGAGGCUCGCCGACCUGCAGAAUGCGCCCGCGUCCAUGGAGCGCCUCUUCUCGGUGGACUGGUACUUGGAGCGGAUCAACGGCAAGCAGCAGGUCAUGAUCGGCUACUCCGACUCCGGCAAGGACGCCGGCCGCCUGUCCGCGGCGUGGCAGCUGUACAGGGCGCAGGAGGAGCUCGCGCAGGUGGCCAAGCGUUACAGCGUGAAGCUGACCAUGUUCCACGGGCGCGGCGGCACCGUCGGCAGGGGAGGCGGGCCCUCGCACCUCGCCAUCCUGUCGCAGCCGCCGGACACCAUCAACGGGUCGAUCCGUGUGACGGUGCAGGGCGAGGUCAUCGAGCACUCCUUCGGCGAGGAUCACCUCUGCUUCCGGACGCUGGAGCGGUUCACGGCCGCCACGCUGGAGCACGGCAUGCACCCGCCAGUCUCCCCCAAGCCCGAGUGGCGCAAGCUCAUGGACGAGAUGGCCGUCGUUGCCACGGAGGAGUACCGGUCCAUCGUCUUCAGAGAGCCGCGCUUCGUCGAGUACUUCCGAUCGGCUACGCCUGAGACGGAGUACGGCAGGAUGAACAUCGGCAGCCGGCCGGCGAAGAGGAAGCCCAAGGGCGGCAUCGAGUCGCUCCGCGCGAUCCCCUGGAUCUUCUCGUGGACGCAGACGAGGUUCCACCUCCCCGUGUGGCUCGGCGUCGGCGCCGCGUUCCAGUCUGCCAUUAAGAAGGACAGCAAGAACAUCCAGAAGCUCAAGGAGAUGUACAACGAGUGGCCCUUCUUCAGGGUCACCAUUGACCUGCUGGAGAUGGUCUUCGCCAAGGGGGACCCCAGCAUCGCCGGCUUGUACGACGAGCUGCUCGUCGCCGACGACCUCAAGCCCUUCGGGGAGCAGCUCAGGAACAAGUACCUGGAGACGCAGCAGUUUCUCCUGCAGAUCGCUGGGCACAAGGAAAUCCUCGAAGGCGAUCCCUACCUGAAGCAGGGGUUGCGGCUGCGCACCCCCUACAUCACGACGCUGAACGUGUUCCAGGCCUACACCCUGAAGCUGAUGAGGGACCCGAACUUCCAGGUGAAGAAGCAGCCGCCGCUGUCCAAGGAGUUCUCCGACGAGAAGAAGCCCGCCGGGCUGGUGGAGCUGAACCCGGCGAGCGAGUACCCGCCGGGGAUGGAGGACACGCUCAUCCUCACCAUGAAGGGUAUUGCCGCCGGCAUGCAGAACACCGGCUAGGAGGCCGGGUGCUCUGCUCCGCUCCUCACUGCAGACUGCUCAUCAAGGCACCAGCGUGUCGAUGUGCAUGUAUCCUUUUUAAUUCACACUCAACUUAUUUGCGCUUUAUCUUUCACGCUUGAUGUACGUGUCGGCUCUGUUAAACUUAAUUGUGUCCGUGUCUUUUGUUUGAGCUGGAGCUCGGCUUGUUUGUUCAUCGAGCCGGGCGCGUCUUGUCCGUUGAGCCAGAGACGUGCGGGUCCACGUCGUGGCGCGUCGGCGCGCGGCAUGAUCUGGCGUGCGGGAUGGCGCACGCAAGGAGCGGAUCAUGGCGCGCGCAUGCAGGGACGGCCAGACCGAGCUCUGCCUUUCCUUUUCACAGUCGGUUUGUAAUAAUCGAUAUAAAUAAAGGAAUCAAUACAGAAAAAACGUCGCGGGUUACGCGGCAAAAAA